UAAAAGUCCAACCUUUGGAUACACAAAGUACAACUCACGAAUGCAACAGCUCUACCUUUUGUUCACUGUUUAUAUACACGUUUUCCGUUGGAUAACGACACAACAUGAAAUGAAAUGUUGACGGCGUCACGUCCUUCUAUAAAUUCCUCAACACUUGCCACGAGCUGUUACCUCCCUCCGGCUCCAUUCUAUAUUUACAUAUAUUUCUUAGAUUUUUCUGCUUCCCUUUGCUAUAUGUUAACGUAAAAACGGAAGCUGUGAAUCUGAAAUUUCCCGUUUUCAACUGCUUCAGAAUCUCCACAUUGAUCGUCGGCGUAAGAUUUGCCGUAUUUCUACUAAAAAUUAAUGCCAGGGAUUCUUCGCUCUUCUCUUUUAUUUGAUUUGAUUUGAUUUGAUAUCUCUGGGGAUUUGCUUAAUGAUUUUCCCGUCUAUUUUCUCUUAAUUAUUUGAUCCAAAUAUGUAACAAGAACAGAGCAAAGCAGAUUAUUGCUCUGGAAACCAUUUCACCAGUGGGUUUCAGCUGAUUAUCAACUCCAGUAGUCGUUUGAGUUAGAAGAAGAGAGGAGAAUAACUUACUCCUAUAUAGAGAUGGAGUAGAAGAGAGGAACAAAUUAAAAGAAAAGAGAAAAUGUUGACAUGUAUCACAUGUAAGCAAAAGGUGGAAGAUGAUGGUGGAGAAGAAGGUCCCAAUACUAAAGAUUCUGUCAAAAGUCUGACGGCUCAGAUAAAGGAUAUAGCAUUGAAAGUCUCGGGUGCUUAUAGAUGCAAGUCAAGUACGCCCACAAGCAGUUACAAGAAAGGGCAUAGACCAUAUCCGUAUCCAUAUCCAUAUCCAGAUUUUGAUGCAAUCUCAGAGGGAGUUUGUUACCAUUACCAAACAGGGAGUUCAAAUUCAACUCCAGCUUGGGAUUUUACGAGUACCGGUCAUCUCCAAACACCAGCUAGACCUGAUUCAAGAUUAGCCGGAGAAUUAAGUGGUGAUGUGGUGCUAGAAGAAGAGGAUGCUAAAGAGUGGACAGCACAUGUGGAGCCUGGCAUUCAGAUUACUUUUGUUUCUCUCCCUCGUGGUGGAAAUGAUCUUAAAAGAAUCCGCUUUAGUCGUGACAUGUUCAACAAAUGGCAAGCUCAAAGAUGGUGGGGUGAGAAUUUUGACAGGAUUAUGGAGCUUUAUAAUGUUCAGAGAUUCAAUAAGCAAGCUCUUAGCACUACCUCACAGUCUGAAGAUGGGAGAGAUUCAAAUUAUUCAAGGCUUGGUUCUGCAAGGGAAAGCCAACAAUAUAACGGCGGAUCAAAUGCUUAUGCCUCUGGUUUCACCAAGGGUAGUGAGAUGUCAUCUAUGGAGGCGUCAAGGACGACAACUUCCUCUAGGGACGAGGCUUCAAUUUCUGUAAGUAAUGCUAGUGACAUGGAGCCAGAAUGGAUAGAACAAGAUGAACCUGGAGUUUAUAUAACCAUCAGACAAUUAGCUGAUGGUACUAGAGAGCUAAGUCGUGUCAGAUUCAGGAGUGAAAAAUUUGGGGAGGAGGACGCGAAGCAGUGGUUGGAGCAGAACUGGGAGAGAGUACGAGCUCAAUACCUUUAGAUCGCGAUUUCCAUAUUACAUUGUCAGCAUUGUCCACAACAUCUCAGGAUAAUCAAAAUGGAAUACUUUGCCAUCCUGGAAGCAAAGUUAAAAUCACCUUCCAAUUAAAUUGUGGUGGCAAAAGAGAUUAAACAAGGUUCCUACUGAAUGUAUAUAGUGUCCACUGGGGAAUGGCUUUGUUCCACAGGGCUUCAAGAAUUUUCGUGGCAUUUCUUGAUCUUUUAUUAUACAUGACUUUGCCAUACCCAUUUCUUCCUUGUUUUGCCUUUCAGUUUUUUCAAUUUAGGCCUUGAUGGAUAUGCUGAUUUUUUUUUCUUGGAAUUGUUGAUGGAUGUUUGAAUCUGUUACCAAGUCUCGCUUUCCUUUGCAACUUCUAGUGGAAAGGCUAUGUGGAGCAAACAUUCAUAUAACAACUAAACCAUAUUGUGCACAAGUCCACAAUAUCACCAAAACAAAACAAACUGAAAAGGAUGAGAAAUCUUCAUCCUACAACUUUCCUUCAAUGGCUUCUUCGAGGAAGAAUAUCUUGUGAAUGGUCAAGGAACAAGUUAGCUGUUGUACCCUUCGGGGUUGCCCAGUUGGUAGGGAGGGUCGUCAUUCAUAUGGAUGACCUGGGAUAGAAUCCCCCCUCAAUGCCUUCUGGGGUGAACCUGUCGUACAGCACUUGCCUAGUACAGUUUACAUCCCCUCUUUGGUUUGCAAGCUAUUACACAGGGGAGGUUUACCCAGUGCGUACAAAGUGCUCACCCGAAGGGCAGAGACUGUGGCAGCAAUUCUAGCGGGAGUUUCCCCCUCUUACAAAAAAAAAAAAAAGUUAGCUGUUGUACCUUCUCUGACUUUCUCUUUACUUGUUCUUUCAACAUUUUCAACUAUUAUAUGCCAUGUUUCCCUUUGAAUCCAAUAGAAUACAAUACUCAGAGCUUUUCUCUCCUUUGUUUUUACAUUGGUAGCGGAGGUUCGUGCCUAUUGGAGUAUAUUAUCAUCCAAUUGACGAGGUUUAUUUAUCUCAAAUUGUCAUUAUUCGAUAUGGAGAAUCAAAUUUUUUACCCACAGAGCUUCAAGCUAAAUAGUGAGAUUACAAGCAUCAAAGCUAUUAAAAUCAUAGAAUGACCACCACCUACAUACAUCAAAAUAAUCAGUAUAACUAUUAAUCACGUACCCCAUUGCAGAUCAACACUUUAGAAAUCUCAACAAAAGUUUAUU